AUGCGUGUAGAGACCAAACCCCAUACCACACCCCAAUUUCUCAAAUCACUUCACUUUACUCACCAUCACUUCCACUAUUCUUCUGUGCAACUUCCGUCACCUCUUCUGCUCCACUCUAUUUCCCUCUUCUCCUUCUUCAUCAACUGCAACAACAUCACCAACUCCACCAACCCCUCUCUUUUUAACUUUCUUUUCUUGCCUAUGGCUGAGGGUUUUGAGCAUUACCAUGUCCCACAACAAAGUAGAAGGGACAAGCUAAGAGUUUUCGCUCAGAACCAACCCUCUUUCGUUGAAUCUUCCUCUAUUCUUCACCCCGCUUGUCCAACUUUAACUUCUCUCUACGAUCCUUCGCUUAUUCCCUCUGAUUUGUUAGCUUGUGCCACCCAACAAGGUGCUGCUGCUAAGGAAGAAGGUUCCAAUUUGAUGAUGGGGUUUGUGGAAGGAGGGGUUGUGAAUGGUGAUGCAAUUCAUGCUGUCAACAGUAAUAAUAACCACCACAACAACAACCCUUUUCUCUAUCAGAUUCAGAAUCUUAGGGAAUUUGGUGAUGGCUACAAUGAUACGAGUGAAAUAAUGGUGUUCAAGCCUGAGCCCUUGUCUUUGUCUUUGUCUUCCCACAGUGACAACACUCAUCACCCUUUGGAACUGAAUCUUCAGCGAUUUGGGGGUGUUAUUCCAGGCUUGGUUGGAAGGAACAGUGAGGUUUCGAGGAAUUCGGUUCCACUCGGACCUUUUACGGGGUAUGCUUCGAUAUUGAAGGGAUCGAGAUUCCUGAAACCUGCGCAGCAAUUAUUAGAAGACUUAUGUGAUGUUGGGGUUCGUGGAAUUUACGCUACCGAGAAGAUUAUUGCUCCUGAUGCAUUAUUGAUGGAACCUCCUCAUGAGGGUUUAAGUGCUAGUGGAGUUGUUGGUGGGGAAGAUUCAGUUGGGGAAUAUGGGAAUGAGAGUAGGAAGAAGAAGUGUAGAUUAUUAACCAUGCUUGACGAGGUUUAUAGGAGGUACAGACAGUAUUAUCAACAGAUGCAUGCAGUAAUAACUUCAUUUGAGUAUGUUGCUGGUCUUGGUAAUGCAGCCCCAUAUGCAAGUUUGGCUUUAAAUGCCAUGUCCAAACACUUUAAGUGCUUGAAGAAUGCUAUCACUGACCAGCUUCAGUUCAUCAACAAGGCUCCUUUUCAGAUUAGCAACAGAAAGGAUGAAUCUCCAAGGUUUCACAACAGUGAUAGGAGCACUUACAGCCAAAGACCAGGGUUUCUUGAGCACCAACAACCAGUUUGGCGACCUCAAAGAGGACUCCCUGAGCGUGCCGUCAGUGUUCUCAGGGCCUGGUUGUUUGAACACUUUCUUCACCCUUAUCCUACUGAUACCGACAAGCUAAUGUUAGCUAAACAAACUGGUCUAUCUCGCAACCAGGUGUCUAAUUGGUUUAUUAAUGCAAGAGUAAGGCUUUGGAAACCAAUGGUGGAAGAAAUACAUAUGCUAGAAUCACAGCAAGCUCAAAAAAGGCCACAGAGGGAAGAUCAAAGUAGGAGAAACCCAAGUGUUGAUCAUUUACCGUCAGACAACUCUCUCGUUACUGAGAAUCCAUCUACCUCCAUGGACAAGUUUCAGGAUGCCCCUUAUAAACAACACACGAGAAGUGAAAUCGCUAAUAUGCAAGUGAGGGGUCAGGAACAGCUGAAUCAAACUGACACAAGCAUUCAGCAUGUGGGUGUUGGAGUGAGCAUGGGGAGUGGUGGUGGUGGUGGGGCAAGCAACAAUAAUGGUGUGUCUCUCACACUUGGUCUUCAUCAAAAUCAUGGUAUUGGGUUGUCUGAGCCCUUUGGCAUGAGUGCAACUCAACGUUUUGGUGUUGCCCUUCAGACUGAGGGCUAUGUUAUAAGUGGUUUUGAAUCACAAAAUCGACAUUUUGGAAGAGAUGUUAUCGGGGGAGGGCACUUGUUGCGUGAUUUUGUAGGCUGA